AUGGGAUUCAAUCAAGACGUUGCGUUUUUGAGCAAUUUGCCAAUUUCUGACAAAGUGGCAAGUUUUGUGGGGUUUUUUUCUGAAAUUGUAUUUGGAAAAAGUGUUUAGAUGAUCUCAUCGGGACCGAUAAUUGUCUACAAAACUCCCGCCUGCAAAUUGGACACCUUUGCCGAUCGAUUUGAGGUGAAAUUUGAACAAUUCUGUGUUUUGUCGUGAAAUUCCGUGUAGACACUGUAUUUGACGACAUUUAGGAGAGAUACUCGAAAUUUUGGAGUUUUUCGACAAGAAUUUCAGAAAAAAAGCUCUUUUUCGCAAAGAAUUGACAAAAUUUACGUUUUCCUUGCAGAAUACAAAUUUUUACACAUUAAAACUAUAAAAUAUUCGAAUUUUAUCAGAUAAUCCACGGCUGGUCGCCCCUUUUGCUAUCAACCGCCCAAUGCUUCACUCGUCUCGUCCUUUCGCAAAUGGAGGAGCCCGUUUGUGCUCCGAUCAUUUGGAAAUUGGUGAUCAGUGUAAGUGAUCUGAAAAUUACGACAAAAAUUCUGAAUUUUGCAGUACGGCGAUGUGAAAAUCUUCACAAACAGUCAGACAAUGCCACGAAUCACCGAGGCGGAGGAGUGUGUGAUCACUGAGAAUCAGUACGCGAAUUUGUGUCGAAAAAUUCAAAACAUCUUUUCCAGAAUUUCCGCGGAAGAAGCGCCCGAUUUUUCGACGGCCUGUGCUAACAUUUUCAUGGCCGACAUGAAAGAUUUCGGCGAAAUUGCGGAAUUGAGAUGCAAAAGUCAAGAGUUGACCAUUUUCAACGAGAAAAUCGAUUGGGUACUUCUUCUGUGAAUUUUAAGGCCUAAAAGAUGCUUUCCUGCAGAUUGUGCUCAAGCCCGGCUCGAAUGUGACGAUCAACAUGAUUUCGUCCAGCUGCUGA